AUGCUUGUGGGAAUGGGACUUCGUGUCCCUGUGUCCCCUGUGCAAACUGCUUUUUACAUCUUCCUGGUGAUUCUGGGCAUCCUGGGUAAUUCCACCGUUAUUGGGGUGAUUGGUAAGAGUGUAAUAACGGACCAUGUUGGGGGACGUAACUCGGACAUCAUCAUCAUUAACAUGGCACUCUCUAACCUGCUAGUGUCUGUGAUGAGGAACAUACCGCUUGUCAUCUCAGACAUCGGACUCGAGCUGUACUCUUCCAAAGAGUGGUGUCAGGUCCUCAUGGGUGUCUGGGUGUGGCUGCGAUCGGUCAAUGUGUGGUCAACGCUCUUCCUCAGUGCGUUCCACCUCCAGACAUUGAGGCGUGUGACUCCUAUGGGGACCCGUAACGGGCCCCAGGGCCUUCCUAAGACCCUACUGCUGAUUCUGGCCCUCAUCUGGCUUCUCAACUUUGUUUACUCCAUUCCUGCUCAUAUCUUUUCCACUAAUGGGGACGUGAACACCACAGAGACCCUGAUGCUGGUGAGCAGCACAACGCGCCCCCUGCUGGGCUGUGUGUGGAACUUUCCCUCCAUCUACAGCGGUCUGGCCUAUGCAACCACAUCGAUGGUGAUCCAUGAAACUAUCCCCAUAAUCCUAAUGGCCUUUACCAACCUGGGCUCCCUCUACACACUCUACACCCACAGCAGGGUGCAGAGUUCAGCGGAAGAUGGACCUGUCAUAAAGCGGGUGCCUGCUGAGAGACGAGCAGCCAAGGUGAUUCUCACUCUCAUAAUGCUCUUCAUAGCAUCAUGGGGAACCAGCAUUAUCUCUGUCAACUAUUUCAACUACAACAGGGGCUCCUCUGCAGAGUUUCUUCUGGUCAUUGCACGUUUUGCCAACAUCAUCUUCAUUGCAAUGUCACCUGCUGUUCUGGCAGUUGGCCACCGGCGGCUGCGUUCUUUCGUCAAGUCUACACUCUCUUACUGA